AUGAACGUCUCACGGGACCUGCUGGCCCUGCUCCUCGGUGCGUUGAUGUGCCGCACACACUCGCGCUGCUCGCCCACUUCUUAUUACAAAAACUGCUGGAUUCGACAUUUCCCGGGCAUCCUCGUGGACACGGGCGAGUCUGAGAGGAGAGGAGCGCGUCUUGUUCGCAGCUACCGGGAGGAGAGUUCGCUCGGGUGCAGUCGGAGCUGCUGCCUGACUACAAAUGUGUCCUGCAACGUGGCCAUCUUUGACUACGCCUCCACCCGAGACAACUGUCUGCACCUUCACUGUCCCACCUUGGAGAGUUGCAUCGUCACCCAGCGACACAAGGUGGUCCUCUACAACUUGACUCACGGUGAGCUCCACACACCUGGGAGCUUUCAGCUCAAAUAACUUCUCUUCCGCAGCUCGUCGGGAUGAAAGCAUAAUGUGGCUGUAGGCAACCCCCUAAAGUAUUCUUUUAGG